AAGCCAUUUACAUGUUCUGAGUGUGGGAAAAGUUUUACACAUAAAUUAGCUCUUGUUAGACAUCAGAGAACUCAUACAGGUGAGAAACCAUUUCCAUGCUCUAAGUGUGGGAAAUGUUUUACACAGAAAUCAGCUCUUGUUAUACAUGAAAGAAGUCAUACAGGUGAGAAACCAUUUCAAUGUGCUGAAUGUGGGAAAUGUUUUAUACAGAAAUCAGAUCUUCUUAUACACAGGAGACGUCACACAGGUGAGAAACCAUUUACCUGUUCUGAGUGUGGGAAAUGUUUUACAGAUAAAUCAGGUCUUGUUAUACAUGAGAGAAUUCACACUGGUGAGAAGCCAUUUCCAUGCCGUGAGUGUGGGAAAAGUUUUACACAUAAAUUAGCUCUUGUUAACCAUCAGAGAAUUCAUAUAGGUGAGAAACCAUUUCCAUGUUCUGAGUGUGGGAAAUGUUUUACACAGAAAUCAGCUCUUGUUAUACAUAGGAGACGUCACACAGGUGAGAAACCAUUUACCUGCUCUGAGUGUGGAAGAUGUUAUACACAUAAAUCAGGUUUUCUUAUACAUGAGAGAAUUCACACAGGUGAAAAGCCAUUUCCAUGCCAUGAUUGUGGGAAAUGUUUUACACACAAAUCAGCUCUUGUUAGACAUGAGAGAUGCCAUACAGAUGAAAAGCCAUUUCCAUGCUCUGACUGUGGGAAAUGUUUCUCAUGCAAAGCAGCUCUUGUUAUACAUGAGAAAAGUCACACAGGUGAGAAGCCAUUUCUGUGUUCUGAGUGUGGGAAAUGUUUUAUGAAUAAAUCAGGUCUUGUUACACAUCAUAGACAUCACACAGGUGAGAAACCGUUUACAUGCUCUGAGUGUGGGAAAUGUUUUUCACGCAAAUCAACUCUUGUUAUGCAUGAGAGAAUACACACAGGUGAGAAACCAUUUAGAUGUGCUGAAUGUGGGAAAUGUUUUUCACUCAAAUCAGAUCUUGUUAUACAUGAGAUAAUGCAUGGAGGUAAGAAACCAUUUCCAUGCUCUGAGUGUGGGAAAUAUUUUAUACACAAAUCAGAUCUUAUUAGACAUGAGAGAAGUCACACAGGUGAAAAACCAUUUACAUGUUCUGAGUGUGGGAAAUGUUUCUCACGCAGAUCAGCUGUUGUUAGACAUCAGAGAAGUCACACAGGUGAGAGGCCAUUUACAUGCUGUGAGUGUGGGAAAUGUUUUAUAAAGAAAUCAGAUCUUGUUACACAUCAGAGAAGUCACACAGGUGAGAGACCAUUCACAUGUGAGUGUGGGAAAUGUUUUAUGUGGAAAUCAUCUCUUCUUAGACAUCAGAGAAGUCACACAGGAGAGAACCAGCUAUUGAAAGACAAGUCACAGUUGAAUUGACUUGAUUAAACAAUGUUGCAUUAAUAAUUGUAUAAUAAAUCUGUAAUAAGAAUGUGUAUUUCGUUCCUUCCAAUAGAAUUCAAAGCACUUUGCAUUAUUGUAUAAGGUGAGGCAGCAAUUUUGUGUAUGUGCAGUUUUUAUUCUGAGAAAGCAUUCACAACAAUCCCUGCUCCAUUGGAGCUUACAAUCUACCUUCCAUAUGAGAUGACAGGUUUCAAUUGUGCCAAAAACCACUUAAUCUAUCAGUCUGAACUUGUGGGAGGUGACCUGUGGCAGUAUGGAGAGAACAUGCAAAGUCCACAGAAAUAGGCCUUGGGAACCAUAGCUGAGAAUCCAGUGCAGUGUAGAAGCAAUUCUAAACACUAUGCCGCGUAAACCUAAUUAAUCAAAAUGAUUAAAUGUAAAGAGUGUACUCAGUGCACGGGGGAGAGAAUGCCUCUCCUAACAUAAAACCUGUUCCCAGUGGUGCCUUCAGGGGGAUAGAAGCUCAGCCACCCCUCCAUUAUCCAUUACUAGCAACUACAAAACAAGCCGAGCUUCCAUGCAACAUACAAAGCAGGAAGAAAAAGAAGACUCCUUUUGGGUGCACUCUUAAGGAUCAAAGAUGGAAUUUAUUAAAACAUAACUUUUAUUUGGUUAUUUAAUAUAUUGGUGUAUUCAACAAAGACUAACAACAUUUAUGUAACAAGAGUAUCAGUCAAUAUUAAUAAAUAUUCAUG